AUGAAGGAUUUCCAGGAGGAGGAGGAGGAGCAGAGGACUUACCGGCGGUGCUUUGAGCAGACCCUUCGGGGGUGGACCCCGGGAACAAAGAAUCAGGAGCGGUUGAAAUUUGAAAAAACUUUCCAAAAGGAGAAAGAUACGCUGGGUAAACGGAGGAGACUAAGACAGCAUGUACCGAUGUACGUGAUGCUUGAUCAAUUGCAUGCGGCUAUUGGUUAUGUGCUCAGGCUCUGGGUCUGUCUGUUGUAUUCGAAGCAGGUGAUAUAUGACCGAAUACUUUGUAGUAUCUCACUCCUUGUUGCUGUCAGCCCCACACAUCUUGACUUUAGAGCGAACUGA